GGAGAUGCUGUUUGGCGACUCGUCGCCAUUCCAGGAGCACCUCGGCCUCGGCUCAGAGGCGAGUGUCGGUCGCUGUGUCGGAGACUCCGGUCCCCGGCACCGAGACAGCCAGCCCUCUCUCCUGCCCCGCGGCGGGAGAGCGUGUCCGGCCGGCCGGCGGGGCUCGCGACCCUCCCGCACCUCCCCUUCCCCCGCAGCCUCCGCCCCGCCAGGCCCGGCCCGGACCUCCGAGCCCCGGCCUCCUCCUCCUCCUCCAGUCACCGCCGCCGCUGGGCCCAAAGCCCCACCUGUCGCUUUUCCUUCCAUUUUGAGAAGCUGAGGAAGGAAACAAGGAAAAAUGUCGCCAUGAAGGCCGAGAACCGCUGCCGCCGCCGACCCCCGCCGGCCCUGAACGCCAUGAGCCUGGGUCCCCGCCGCGCCCGCUCCGCUCCGACCGCCGUCGCCGCCGAGGCCCCCUUUGAUGCCGCAGAGCUCCCCCAGCGCCGCCGCCACCGCCUCCGACAUGGACAAGAACAGCGGCUCCAACAGCUCCUCCGCCUCCUCGGGCAGCAGCAAAGGGCAACAGCCGCCCCGCUCCGCCUCGGCGGGGCCGGCCGGCGAGUCUAAACCCAAGAGCGAUGGAAAGAACUCAAAUGGAUCCAAGCGUUACAGUCGCAAGCGUGAACCUUCCUACCCCAAAAAUGAAAAUUUUAGCAACCAGUCCCGUCGCUCCAAUUCACAGAAAAGCAAAACUUUUAACAAGAUGCCUCCUCAGAGAGGUGGUGGCAGCAGCAAACCCUUUAGCUCUUCUUCUAAUGGUGGAAGACGAGAUGAGGUAGCAGAGGCUCAACGGGCAGAGUUUAGCCCUGCCCAGUUCUCUGGCCCUAAGAAGAUCAACCUGAACCACUUGUUGAAUUUCACCUUUGAACCCCGUGGCCAGGCAGGUCACUUUGAAGGCAAUGGAAAUGGCAGCUGGGGAAAAAGAAACAAGUGGGGACAUAAGCCUUUUAACAAGGAACUUUUUUUACAGGCCAACUGCCAGUUUGUGGUGUCUGAAGACCAGGACUACACAGCUCAUUUUGCUGACCCUGACACCUUAGUCAACUGGGACUUUGUGGAACAAGUGCGCAUCUGUAGCCAUGAAGUGCCAUCUUGCCCAAUAUGCCUCUACCCACCUACUGCAGCCAAGAUAACCCGCUGUGGACACAUUUUCUGCUGGGCAUGCAUCCUGCACUAUCUUUCACUCAGUGAGAAAGCCUGGAGUAAAUGUCCCAUCUGCUACAGUUCUGUGCAUAAGAAGGAUCUCAAGAGUGUUGUUGCCACAGAGUCACGCCAGUAUGCUGUGGGUGAUACCAUUACAAUGCAGCUGAUGAAGAGAGAGAAAGGAGUGUUGGUGGCCUUGCCUAAAUCCAAGUGGAUGAAUGUAGACCAGCCUAUUCAUCUAGGAGAUGAACAGCACAGCCAGUACUCCAAGUUGCUGCUGGCCUCUAAGGAGCAGGUGCUGCACCGAGUAGUUCUGGAAGAGAGAAUAGCGCUGGAGCAGCAGCUUGCAGAGGAGAAGCACACUCCUGAGUCCUGCUUUAUCGAGGCUGCUAUCCAGGAGGUUAAGAUUCGGGAAGAGGCUCUGUCUGGAGUAGCUGGAGGCAGAGGGGAGGUCCCUGGAGUUGUGGCUGCUCUGGAACAACUGGUGCUGAUGGCUCCCCUGGCAAAGGAGUCUGUUUUCCAACCCAGGAAGCAGGGUGUGCUAGAAUAUCUGUCUGCUUUCGAUGAAGAAACUGCAGAAGUUUGUUCUCUGGAUUCCCCUCGUCCUCUUGCUCUCCCUUUGGUAGAAGAAGAGGAAGCAGUGUCUGAGCCAGAACCUGAGGGGUUGCCAGAAGCCUGUGAGGAGUCAGAGGUAGCAGAUGACAAUCUUGGGGAGGGGACCAUUUGUACUGAGUCAAGCCAGGAGGAACCCAUCACUAUGCCAGGCUUCACCCAGCUGAGCAGCUCUCCUUGUUACUACUUCUACCAAGCGGAGGAUGGACAACACAUGUUCCUGCACCCUGUCAAUGUGCGCUGCCUUGUGCGGGAGUAUGGCAGCCUGGAGCAGAGCCCAGAGAAGAUCUCAGCGACAGUGGUAGAGAUUGCUGGGUAUUCCAUGUCUGAGGAUGUUCGACAGCGCCAUAGGUAUCUCUCUCACUUGCCACUCACCUGUGAGUUCAGCAUCUGUGAACUGGCUCUGCAGCCUCCUGUGGUCUCUAAGGAAACUCUCGAGAUGUUCUCAGGUGACAUUGAGAAAAGAAAGCGUCAGCGCCAAAAGAAGGCUCGAGAGGAGCGACGCCGAGAGCGCAGAAUUGAAAUGGAGGAGAACAAGAGACAGGGCAGGUAUCCUGAAGUCCACAUUCCCCUAGAGAACCUUCAGCAGUUUCCUGCCUUCAAUUCCUAUACCUGCUCCUCUGAUUCUGCUUUGGGUCCCACCAGCACAGAGGGCCAUGGGGCCCUCUCCCUUUCUCCUCUUAGCAGAAGUCCAGGUUCUCAUGCAGACUUUCUGCUGACCCCUUUGUCACCCACUACCAGUCAGGGCAGUCCCUCCUUCUGCGUUGGGAGUCUGGAAGAAGACUCUCCCUUCCUUUCCUUUGCCCAGAUGCUGAGGGUCGGGAAAGCAAAAGCAGACAUGUGGCCCAAAACCGCUCCAAAGAAAGAUGAGAAUAAUAGCUUGGUUCCUCCUGCCCCUGUGGACAGCGAUGGGGAGAGUGAUAACUCUGACCGUGUUCCUGUGCCCAGUUUCCAGAAUUCCUUCAGCCAAGCUAUUGAAGCAGCCUUCAUGAAGUUGGACACACCAGCUACUUCAGACCCCCUCUCUGAAGACAGAGGAGGAAAGAAACGGAAGAAGCAGAAACAGAAGCUCCUAUUCAGCACCUCGGUUGUCCACACCAAGUGACACUACUCACCCAGGCACCUUCUCCAUCUGGUUUCUUUUCUGUGCUUUUGUUUUGCUGCUGUAAUUUUUAAGUAUUUGAGUUUGAACAGAUUGAUUAGCUUGGGGCGGGAGGGGGGGUUCCACAAUGUGAGGGGAACCAAGAAAAUUUUAAAUACAGUGUAUUUUCCAGCUUCCAGUCUUUACACCAAAAUAAAGUAUUGACACUCACAAGAGACACCUUCCUGCUGAGCUUAGUAGGUUAGUCUUUUCGAUUCAGAUGUUAAUUUUCUCAACCCAAAGCCUGUGUGUGGGGUCUUGUUUGGGCUUCCUGGCUUGCCAGCAAUUCUGUGGUUUGUUAAAAUAGUUGAAUCUGUCCUAUAUGUUAAAUUCUCCUUGUCAAAGAUCCAAAGGACUAGGAUUAAGCAGAAUCAGGAUAUCUAUAUCUGGUUAACACCUAGGCUUAGGGAACUGCUAUGAGCUCAGGGCUGGGUGGCUACAGUAGAAAAAAGAGCAAAAGAAUUGGAAGUUUUUCUUGUAGGAAGUGACUACUCUGACCAGAUCUCAGCUGGCAGCUAGCCCCAGGGUAACUUAGCCUUUGCACUUAGAUAUAUGAGUUUUGAGUUUUGCCUGGUAAUUCUUUAAGAAAAGCUUUACCAAGAAAGCUCUGGACCCUGUCACACCCCCUGAUAGCUUCAAAAAAAGUUUUUUUUUUUUUUUUUUUUUUUUUUUUUGCCUUCGGGCAUGUCUGUGUGUUGGAUCCCCUGAAACUGGAGUUACCUCCCAUGUGUUUGUGAGAAUGAGUGUGUGCUGGAAUUGAACCCAGGUCCUCAGGGAGAAUGAUCAGUACUCUUAGCUUCUGUCCCCAAGCUUCUUUUAUGUGACAGUGGUUUAAUGGAGGCAUAAAGGGUGUCUUAGGGUUCCUAUUGCUGUGAAGAGACACCAUGGCCACAGCAGCUCCUAUAAAGAAAACAUUUAAUUGGGGCUGGUUUACAGUUUCAGAGGUUUCAACCAUUAUUAUCUUCAUGGUGAGAAGCAUGGCGGUGCAGUGCUUCAACAGACAUGGUGCUGUGAAUUUUAUAUUUUGAUCCACAGGCUGUAGACGCAACUGUGAACCAUACUAGGUAUAGGUUGAGGCAUGGGAACCUCAAAGCCUGCUGCCGCAGUGACACACUUCCUCCAACAAGGCCACAACUCCUAAUGGUGCCACUCCCUGUGGGCCAAGCAUUCAAACACAGGAGUUUAUGGGGCCAUACCUAUUCAAACCACCAUAAAAGGUGAGUCCAUAGUCACGGAAAGCAAGGCAGUAGAUGGGCAGACAUGGUGCUGGAGAAGUAGCUGGCAUCUUACAUUUCAUCCAUUAGCAGGAGGCAGAGAGCUAAUUGGGAAUAGUAGGCUCUUCCAACAACGCCACACCCCCCCAAUCCUUCCCAAACAGUCCCGCCAUCUGGGAACCAUCCUCAUCCAAGCCAGCAAAUCUCCCAAGUGCUAGGACUCUAUCCUGCCUCAUUGGAGCCAGCUGAAAGCUACAUUUCUUAUCAAGCUGCCUGAUCAGUGGUCAGGUGGGUAUCUUGGUGUCUGCAGUUCCAAAAUAUACUGAGCUGACCUUAGAUUAUGUAACUGUAGUUGGUGGUUAGUCACCAAUAUUUCUGCUUCACAUGAGUCUUCCUCACCCCCACACUUCUCUGUAAUCGUGGCUGUUCUGGAACCCACUCUGUAGACAAGGCUGGCCUAAAACAGAUCUGCUUGCCUCAGCCAGCCUGGUGUUGGGAUUAAAGGCGUGUACCACCAUG